CCAUCCACUGCACAGCCCGGUGAGGGAUCAGCUAGACAAGGAAAAGCAACAGAUCAUGUUCUCUGAAGCAGAUCCAGCACAGCUCUGAGACAUCAGCCUCUGAGAUGAGACUCCAUCCAUCCUAAUCCUCUGUCCUCAAGAUCUGGACAGAAACAAAACAAAAUAAGGACUUUAGAGACACCAAAAACUCUGGACAUCACAUCUGGACAGGAUUCUUGAAGCCAAACCAGGUCCACAGGGACCUACGAGGGUGCUUUGCCGUUUGUUUUUCUGUCUUGUACGGGGCUGGCGAAGGGGCCGGUGAAAGUUAGCCAAGACGCCGCGUGCCGUGCUCCGCGUGAAGAAUGCCCAGGCGCGCCUGCCCAAGCCGGCGGACACAGCGCCGGCACCUGCACCGGGCCUUUACAUGGAGCGCUCGCAGAGUCGCAUCAGCUUGUCCGCGUCCUUUGAGGCCCUGGCCAUCUACUUCCCCUGCAUGAACUCCUUCGAUGAGGACGAUGGCGACCCAGAGGGCCGCAGGUUAAAGGGCAUUCAGAGGAGUACAGAGACAGGGCUGGCCGUAGAGAUGCCCAGCCGUACGGUCCGGCAGGCGAGCCACGAGUCCAUCGAGGACAGUAUGAACAGCUAUGGCUCGGAGGGAAAUCUGAACUACAGUGGCAUGUGUUUGGCAUCAGACGCCCAGUUUAGUGACUUUCUGGAUGGGAUGGGACCUGCUCAGUUUGUGGGCAGACAGACACUAGCUACAACUUCAAUGGGAGAUGUUGAGAUCGGUCUGAUGGAGAGAAACGGACAGCUGGAGGUGGAGAUCAUUCAGGCUCGAGGACUCAUCAUGAAGCCUGGAUCUAAGGGCCCUCCAGCGGCCUACAUUAAAGUCUACCUUCUGGAAAAUGGCAUCUGCAUUGCCAAAAAGAAGACGAAGUCUGUCCGGAAAUCAUUAGAUCCCCUUUACAAUCAAGUCCUUGUUUUUUCAGAGAGCCCACAGGGGAAGGUUGUACAGGUCAUCGUUUGGGGAAACUACGGCCGGAUGGAUCGUAAAUGCUUCAUGGGCGUGGCCCGCAUCCUAUUGGAGGAGCUGGAUUUGACAAACAUGGUGAUUGGCUGGUACAAGCUUUUCCCCACCUCCUCUAUGGUGGACCCCACGAUGGCGCCGCUGAUCCGCCACUCCUCACAGCUCUCUCUGGAGAGCACCGUGGGGCCGUGCUGCGAACGCUCAUAAGACUAACAACUCCACUAGAUUUAUUUUUCUCUGGAAGGGCUCUCAAUGCCCCCGCCCCGAUCCUAAGAGUGCUGGUUGUGCAUGACUGCGGCACCGGAACCCUCUAGAAUGUUCUAGAAUUUCUUCAGAACAAAUGACCUUUCUGGAAUAUUCCAGAAUUGACCACAGAGGGAAUGCUCUUUUUCAGCCUCUGAGAAAAAGACUUCAGGACAGUCAAAGAAUGCAGACCAGAUGUCUGGGCUUUAUUUUAGCUUUCAACACAUUAGCUUGUGAUGGUCUGUAUGAGGAAACGUCCUCCAUUUAGAACUAAACGCAGGUAAACGUUUGUGCAGUCAUCGUGUUGGGUGCUGCAACGGAUGGGUUCGUGCAAUAUGACACACAAUAGAGAGAAGAAUGUAUCGGUAAUAAAAGUGCGGGUUUGCAUUCUUGUGUAAUUAACAAUACAGGAAUAGAUAUAUGUCUUAAAAAUAUGUGUAGUUUGAAAAGAGUCAUGAUUCCGUUCGCACACGGAUCUUUUUCUGUUCGUGUCUCUUCCGUUUCGUCGUUCUCUUUACUGAACUGUGCCAAUGCUGCCAGCAAGUGGCUUUAUUUGUGGCUAGUGUCUAUAUUCGGUGACUACAGGCUUUAUGAAUCAAUAAUCUAAGCAGACACAUAUUUAAAAAGACUAUCUUUUCCCAAACAGUGACAUGUCAUUGUACGUUUUCCCCCACUAACAGUAUAUGGAAAAAUUUAAAUGGAUGCAAGAUGCUGAUAGAUAUAAUAGAUAGAGGUUUUUAAUGGCUGAAACCAAUAUCUAAAGAGAAGAGUGAUAUAAACAGACAUGAUAUAUACAUAUAUAAUACAAUUUUAUGAUAACAUGUACAUAAAAAUAAUACAUUUAAAUGAAACGUGUGCAAUCCAUUAUUUUUUUAAAACGAACAGUAGGCCUAAUGGCCACUUCUGUAAAUCCCCCCCACCAAAAAAAGAUCAAAUAUUGGUCAAAUUAAUCACCAAGGCCAAUAUUUAAGAGUAUAUUACGAAUUAUUAAAAGAUAAUUUAGUUUUGCACUUUAUAAUCUUAAAUGUCUUUCUUGUAAGCAACCGCAAGUUUGGCAUAAGCCAAAGUACACUUUCUUCUUUACAUUAUGAUAUUAUUUGUGACUUCGGGAUGCAGAAACUUUAGUAGCAAUGAUAAGGUUGUAGCAUUAGAUAGUAGCAUACGCAUGAAAGGCAUCUUAGUUUGCCACCAUCUAAUGAGGUUUUGCAUGGAAUCGAUUGAUACGAGAUUAUCGAGCGUUUUCGCUGGCAGUCGAGCAAACAUGUAGCAGCAGACGAUCAACGAAAAUACUGUUACAUCGCACUGAGAUGUGCUGUGUGCCAUCCUGACGCAAGAUCAGCCUCGGGGAUUAAUAAAUACUGAUACAAAUGUUUUCAUAAUGAAAAGCAAGACAUUUCUACACGCCAGCACAGAAAGGGAAGAAACAGCAUUCUGCACAGCCAAGAAUUUUUACAUCCAGCAUAAAAAUAUGGCUAUUUGUGAAGAAAAUACACUAUUCGCCAUACAAUAGACGAAAGGAUUUUUUUUUAAAGAUUCCUUCCUCUCUGAGAAGUUCAGGAGUGAUGAUUUCAAAUAACGCUGAAAAAUGUACCUCAAACACCCUCAACAUACUCAUGUUGCGAAGGCCAUAUAAAGCACUGCCACAUUCUUUUUGAAGACUUUAAUGUACAUUGUCUUAAAAAGCAAUAACUAAAUGAAUUUUUGCUCACUUUAUUUGUUACAGGGAGUAAAGCCAGAUUGUCUCUGCAUUACAUUAGAAACUUCUGCAUCCAUGUAGCGAUAUAGUAGAUACUUGGUUUUAGACGGAGAGAAUCAAGAAUUUAGUGCCAUUUCAAAGAUGUGUUGAUGAGCUAAAAAUCAAAAUCAUGAUUUAGAAAAACCUUUUC